GAGCAGCUGUUUAGCGCGGACUGUCAAGCGCGUAAACAAAAACACAGCUGUUAUGUGAAAAAUCGUGAGAAGUUAUCUGUUUAAGGAUGUUCCGCAAUGUUGUGAUUGGCAUAUCCGGCGGCGUCGAUAGCGCCAUUUCUGCGUUGCUACUCAAGCAAAAAGGCUACAAUGUGAUUGGCGCUUUCAUGAAAAACUGGGAUGAAUUUGAUGAAUUGGGCGCUUGCAGUGGCGAGCAGGACUACCGUGACGCGGAGUAUACAUGCCAAAAACUUGGCAUUGAACUGCAUACGGUUAAUUAUGUUAAGGAAUAUUGGAAUUCGGUAUUCAGCGCUUUCCUGGAAGAUUAUCAGCAUGGACUGACGCCAAAUCCCGAUAUACUUUGUAACAAGUAUAUCAAAUUCGACUUAUUCUUUAAAUAUGCCACAGAACAGCUAAAAUGUGAUGCAAUUGCUACGGGACAUUAUGCAAAAACAAAUUUUGGUAAUUUUCUGCAGCACUUUAACCCGAAUGGUGACGUGCGCUUGCUGAUACCACGCGAUACGUUUAAGGAUCAAACGUUUUUUCUCUCUGGCAUACAGCGACACACGCUCAGUCGCACCAUGUUUCCGCUGAGUGACGCGCUGAAGCGCGAAGUCAAAGCGCUAGCGCGUGAAUGUGGCUUAGAACGGCUGGCGCAAAAGAAGGAAAGCACUGGAAUUUGUUUUGUGGGAAAUCGCGAUUUCAAACAGUUUAUUAAGGAGUACAUACAACCGCGCACAGGGCAUUUCGUUGAUAUAGACAGUGGUAAAAUUGUGGGCACACAUGAAGGCAUACACACGUGGACGAUUGGACAACGUUGUCGUUUGGCCUCCUACCUGCGACCAUACUUUGUAGCGCAAAAAGACGUCGCCACUAAUACUAUCUAUGUGGCGUCGGGACAUGAGCAUCCCGCGCUAUACAGCGAUGUCAUACACGCCGCUGCGCCCAAUUGGCUGUGCAAUGAUCCGUUGAGCGCUGAUGCUGCUGUGGUUGGUCAGCAGUUGCGUUGCCGCUUCCGCUUUCAACACACAAAACCACUAGUUGAUUGCUUAGUUAAAAAGUCAGCCAAAGAGACUGCCGGCGUGACCAUCACUUUGGAUAAGCCAUUGAGAGCGCUUACGCCAGGGCAAUAUGCGGUUUUCUAUACUGAAACGGCGUGUUUGGGUUCAGCGCGCAUCAUUAGUGCCUGCCGCAGAGCAGAGGAGAGGGUGACGGAAGUGGAAAUGCUAAAACAAAGUUGACAAAUUAAUAGCCAGUGCUUGAAAGAGUAUUUCUGUUAUGCACAAAGAUUGUUUUUGCAUUUUUCUUUUCAUUAAAAAAAAUUUUUUUUUUUAUUAAAAAAAAAUCACUUUGUUCGUUUUGUUUCUAUUUUAAGCUGAACUGUUUGCAGCAUUUUAUUUUGCUAUUAUUUUAAUGCACGUUUUUCUAAUGGUUUGCAUAUAAAACUUAUUCUCACUAUUUUUUGUUGCAAUGCAUUUUGCGUUCUUUUGCGUCGAGAGAAAUGCUAAACAAAACAUAAAUACGUAUAACGGCAUUGACAAAUUACAAAGUCAUUGUUGUGCUAGUGUUUACAAAUAUAACUAGAAAUCUAAUAUUAACAAUCUUAUCAGGUCAUAUAACGGUUAAAUAUUGAUUACAUUUCUUAUAAAUAAAACGUGUCUAAAAUUUUAA